AUGACCAGAGUAUAUCAUCCGCGUGCGCAACAGCCGCCGCAGCGCGGCAGCACGCUUGAUCAGUCGCGAGCCGCCAUCAAGAAGAAGAAGCCGUACAAGAUCGUGCUAGAAGCGGUAACCCAAGAGAAGAAGAAGCUACAUUCCAUUCUGACAUACGCGUCGAACGCCCCCACUGGCUUCGGUUUCAUCCCAGCUGGACACCCCGAAUUCACUGAGUGGUGCAAAGAGCAGUGCCGACAGCGCAACCUUGACGUACACAUCGUCUCUGCCAAGCCGAAGAACAAAACCCACUCCGAUCCCGAGAAAUUAUCCCACCACGUCCACCGAGUCGGACACCACUUUCCUCUCACCAUCAUCGAACUUGCCUGCAGCAAGUUCGGAUAUCUCUACGAUGAGAGACGCGGCCUGCGGAAGGACAAAGAAGGUGACAGAACCAACUGGAUAGCCCAAGAGUUUGAAGACUACUCUUCGCGGCAAGUACAACGAGGGCAUCCCGCCACUGAGAAGGAGACCAAGGGCUACAUCCAUGGCGCCGUUCGGGAGAUGUUUCCCAAGAUACCAGAGGCAGAUCUACAAGCCAUUGUUUCUCAUGCGUUCGAAGAGGGAACUAACCGGGUAGGUAAUGCUAAGGAGCUUUCGUUGGCUCGUAGAGUGCAACUCGCAGUUGUCGCGCAUAUUCGCCACACAUACACAGACUACGACAAGCUGCUCAAGACUGACGGCUGGUCGGAAGCCCGCGGCCAAGUCGAGAAAGUCUCUCUUGCGAAACUCAAAGAGUGGCGAGAUGAAGACGGAAAGCAAAGCAACGAACUUGAGGAAACCUUCCGUGAAGUCAUUGUUCUUGACGAUGAUGAUGAAGCUAGCAGCGAUGAAGGCUCCAUGGCCACGCCUGAUGAGCGCGAGCAAAGCAUGGAGAUUGUUUCCAGUCGUGCUACUGCGCGCGAUUUACAGCCGGAACUACAUGCUAAUUACCCGAGUGGGGAUGUCCGCAACAUGAGACCUUCAUCAAGAAGAACCAUUGUCCUUCCACGCUAUGCUCCUCCUCCACCGCCACCUGUAUUAUCUGGCACCUCACGUUUCCAGUCACCUACGCAGCAGCCUCUCCAAUCAGUGCGAACGAGGACAAAUGAUCCGUAA